AUGGGAUUGACGAUCAAGUCGGUGCGACUGAACAGCGACGCGGUAAUUCCUUCUGUGUUUCCGUACCUGAGGGGGCCCUCGCACAGGACCCUGCUCAUCCGAGGCCCCGUGUUUCGACGAGACGGAUGCUCGGCGCUGGCCGACACGUUGAUGUCCGGCCGGACCGUUUACAGCGUGUCCUUAUUCCCAGAGGACUACAGGUCGGUCCUCUCGCAGAUCCACAGGCUGUCGUCGCAAAACUUCUUGACCAACUAUGCGCUCACUGAAAUAAGUCGUGACCCAGCCCUACAGUCGGUGUUCCACGCUGCCGACGGAGGGCGCAGCGGUCGUCUGGGAGCCCGUGCCGCGCUCGCAGCGGCCAAUCAGCUUCUCCAGGAGGACCUGCCCCCGGAGGACCUUCUACUGGGACGGGCAGCGGAGAAGUCGGCGGCUAAGAACGGCGAGCUGAGCGUGGACGACUUCGUGCUCAUGAUGGCGGACGCCCUGACGGAGACGACGCAUUGGGGCAGCCUGAAGACCGACGUGGCCGGAUACGUCGGCAUCGACACCCUUCAGGAGCAGAUACGGAAGAAGGUCCUCAGGCGAGGGUUCGAGUUCAACAUCGUCGUAGUCGGAAGAAGUGGCCUUGGAAAGUCAACGCUCAUCAACACCCUCUUCAAAGCGAACAUCAGCCGGAGAUCGUGCACGAAAAAAGGAUCCGAAGGAACAGAGCCGGCCCCCUACAUCAUUCCCAAGACAACCGAAGUCAAAUCAGUGAGCCACGUGAUUGAAGAGAAGGGCACACGGCUUCGGCUGACUGUCACAGACACGCCAGGCUUUGGUGACCAGAUUAACAACGAGAACUGCUGGCUGCCCAUUCUGGAGUACAUCAAUGAGCAGUACGAGAAGUACCUCAGCGAAGAGCAGAGUGUCACACGGAAGAAGCACAUCCCAGACACGCGCGUCCACUGCUGCCUCUAUUUCGUGCCCCCUACAGGACAUGCCCUGACGCCUCUGGACAUCGAGUUCAUGAAGAGGCUCGAUAAAUGCGUCAAUAUCGUUCCAGUCAUAGCCAAGGCGGACACACUGACCCUUGAAGAGCGGAGCAGCUUCAAGCAGAGAAUCCGAGAAGACCUGCAAAAGAACGGCAUCAGUGUGUACCCAGUGCAAGAAUUCGAAGACGACCCCGAGGAAACUGUUCUUAACAAUAAGAUCAGGGCCUCUAUUCCAUUUGCUGUUGUGGGCAGCGACAAGCAGCACACGGUGAACGGUCGCACAGUCUACGGCCGCCAGACACAGUGGGGACUCGUCGAAGUGGAGAACAGACACCACUGCGAGUUUCCUGACCUCAGGGAUAUGCUUAUUAGGACUCAUAUGCAAGAUCUCGUUGAAGUGACCAAGACGGUUCACUACGAGAACUUCCGCCACGAGAGGCUACAAGCGCGUCACGGCCACAUUAACGGACAUGGCAUCAACAUUGUGAACCUGAACGAAAGUAGCCUCUGAGACGCGUGCAAACGAUUGUCAAAUUUUUUGUCCUCCGCCUAUAUAUUUUACUUGCUGCUGACCUCCAAGCAUGCUCUGGGUUUGUUUGCUUGCAGACACGUGAACACCGCUUUCACAUCUUCAUCUUUCGAGGUCGACUCUGUCAUUCGAAAACGCGAAGCCUGUAUUCCGCGCUAAAUGCUCCACUAUGCGAUUCGGCGGCAUUUUAUAAGGUGCGACGCAAGAGCGCAAUCUGGCAUUUCAUGCGUGACAAAACUGUGACAAAGGACCAGAGUUCGGCGAGCGUUUGAGCACGUGAUGGAUACCCGUUCGGACGAGAUGAAGCAAUGACGAAAAGCGAAUGAACAUGGAUACAAGCAAAGAAAAAAAACCCCUCGAACUUUACUACGCAUUGCCAAAACAAGAAGGGCACUCCUCUCAGAGUUAUUUUAUUAAUAUCGCACAUAUCACAGCGCAGUAUCCCACUUAACAUCAUUUUGGAGAAUCCCCUCAAUCUCUUGGUAAGGUCACAGCAAUUGUGUCUUUUAAUGUGAAGGUGUGUAGACAUCGUUGUCAUGGAUGUCGUGUGUGUAGUAGUUAUGCUAGAUAGGUGAAGCUAUAGGAACCGACGUGUCAUGCUAAUUAUGAAGCAUCUCAUUUAUUUGUUCGAGUCUUUUAAAAAAAACUAACUGGUUUACGUUUAAGCCUCGGAGAUUUGCACAUUUUAAAGAGACUUCUACACUGCAACGCUCGUGUAGAACCCGCCUUGAAAACUUCGCAAGAUCUCACGAAAAUGAGCAGAUUUUCUAGCACUGCCGUACAUUUGACAUUUGAAGAAUACUGUCAAGUCGAAGCUCGUUCGAAGAAUGCUACGGUUGUAGUUUUACCUAUUACCUCCACUGCCACGUCAAAUAGCCAAUCCCAUUGCCACGUUCAUAAGUUGGACAACAUAUUUCAAGCUUUCCAUGUGCCGUGGCAAGAAUUGCAGGUGCAGGAGUUGAUAGUUUGGCGACGAAUGCGUCUUGUGCUGUGCCAAAGAGACAGCACUUCGUUAGCUCUCAUGCGUUUGGUGAAAAGAGACCGAAAGUGCUUAACGACGUUUAAAAGUGAAAAUGGCUGCCAAGCUUCCAUUCUUUCGGUGAGAAGUACGAGACUACGCUAUCUUGCUGAAUGAAUGCAAACGAGACGUGGGUCUUCUAGUCAUAGCAUAAGAUAUCGCGAGACAAACGCGACACACAUGGAGUCACUGUCUGUUGUAGUUUUGUCUUCAGGACGGGUUCAGCAACUGCCUACUUUAGAACUUGCAAGAACUUUAAGUGAAGCGCAUGUAGGACCAGCAGUGAUGUGAUGCAGGCUGUCGGCCCUUCGCCACAGCCGCUGAAAAUGUCGAGUUGCACGAUUACAGAGUGAUGUGGUGAAGAAUAAGACUACCGGGUUUCCAGACUGUUUGGCAUGCACUCCAACUAAAAAAAAAAAAAGAGACAGAACUAGUUAGAAAGUGCAGAAUCUGUAAUGCUGAUUGUGUGUGUCCUGCGAAUUUAUCUAUUAUAUGGCAACCUUUUGCAACAUUUCUCGCAUGCAGCCACCCAUACUGCUGUUCAUACUGUAAACGCUUUCUUUCUCACGAGCUGAUGUACACAGAGCAGACUUUAGUUUUUUAGUCUAAAAAUUCCUAGGUUUAAAUUUUAAAUACAGUGUUUUCUUAUUUAACACUUGAAGCUGCAGGGCGUGCCCUGGUGCUUAAGGCCGGGUAAGCAACUCCCUGACACCGAGGGACAAGGAAUGUGUUUGUUAAUAUUUUAGAUUGCCAAUUAGGCUAAGCAGCACAAACCUUGAUCAGUAAACACAGAUGGAUGACUACCAAGUAAUGUUGGAUGCAGAUAGGACAGAAUGUCAGGCCAGUUGGUUUGUUUUAUCAAUAACUUGCGGUGCAAAAUAAUGCUACAGAGUGAGAAAAAUGUGCCAACAGUGGAAACUUUUUUUUUGCAUGCAUGCAGUUUGAUUGCUGGCACUGCUUGUACAUUUACGUCUCACAAUGUUCCAUUGUCAUGCAUCAUAGGUCACAAUAAAUGCUGAUACAAUUAGUUUCUAUGGCUUGAAAUGUUAGGUUCAUAUAGUAUAUAGGUGUUAAGCACAACAAAAAUGCAUGCCUAGUCCAUAAUGGACUUCACGGUUCUAUUGUGUGCAUGUUUUACACGCCCAACCUAUCAAAACACUAAUUCUCACAGACUUGCUCAGCAUUUCUGUCAUUAUAAGCUUUAUUUCUGCCCAUGACUUGUCGAUGUGCCUGUGAGGCGAUCUUACCAGCACAAGCUGUCGCACAGUAAAGGAGCUCAUUUGUGUGAUCGUGCUUGUACCAGCUGCGAUUCCAGUGCUUUGUUAUCGUGAAACAAAUCGUAAUCAUUGUACGUAGAACAGUCGUAUGGUUAUGCUGACCUCAUGUUAAGUGCAGUGCUAUUUCUGAAAUUCAUGAACUCAUAAGUAAAAGUUUGUCUUCCCUCUGUCACGUCUUAGCAAUUCCAAGCUAGUGCUGUCAUGAUACCUCUCUAUAAAGUGAUACCACUAAAAAAGGAGUACUAAGGGUAAUUACAUAGUCUAGCACGAAUGGCAUAUUACGCAUCUGUAUAUGUUAUUGGUGUUUUUUUGUCUUGUGCCAAGAGACGACUUACCAACAGAUAACCUGAGACACUAUGACUUUUUUUUUACUUGCUCAAGAAAAUGAGAGAAACACUGUACAAAAGUCGGCACAAAUUUUAGAUGCUAUGUUGGUAACAGCUGCUUUCUAAUUUAGGCGGUGCCUAUCAGAGGGCACUACUUUCACAGAGGGCAGUACAUUAAUUCCAUAUUGGCGACCUAAAGUAACUCCUCUUAAAGGGAGUUAUUGCAUACACUCCCUAAAGGGAGGCCUAAAAUAACUCCUAUGAAGGGGAGUUAUGGUAUAGGUUCUCUAAAGGGAGCAUACACACUAACGGAAGGCACAGAUGCAGUACUGCAAGAUUAUAUGUUGUAUAGUUAGCCGUACAAUGUUAUAUUUUAUGUUCUGAUAAAAGGCGCUCUUAAUUUAUUUCACCAUUUGUUAUUUGUUCAGAGACGAACUGUUUAUUUAAAGGGUCUACACCGUUGGGGAGGGUGUUCAUUUGGUCCUGCAUUUUACUAGCAUUGCCACAGCUAUCUUCAAUGUAUGUCACUUUGUUUUCAAAAACUCUGUUCUCAGUAAUAACACAUUUAUACUUCUUUCAGGAGAGUAACUAAUCCAGCGUGAUCCAGUUUAUGCCUUUACUGUUCCCUCAACUACGUGAUCUCUUCCAAAAUAAUGAAAGCGUCAUUCAUAAAGUGCUGCAGCAUGAAAAGGUAUAAUGCCACACACAGUGAUGACUUAGAACAGUCGUGUUACCCGAAAACCGUCGAACGGCGUUACGGAAACAACACAGCUAUAUUUUUCACUAGGAAGAAUUUUAUGAAGGUGAAGAAGACUUAUUUUUAUGCAGCAUGUGCAUGUGUAUAUGUG